GAGGUCCCUCCCCCAGUAACGGCUGCGACGAGCUACGAGAGGCCAUCAUGUGUGGCACAAGGGCCCUCACGGACCUCAAGGUUCCUGUGGUGAUGCAGAAGGUGACAGAGGCGGUGCCGUGGCCCGAGAAUAGGAAGCCCCUAUGGGGCGGCGACCGGUGUCGGCGCUUCAUCGGGCUUGGCGGGCGGAGGGGACUCAGAAUGGACGUCGACAAGGAGGAGUUCGAGGCCGACUUCGAGGAGUUUGAGGGCGAUUCCAGUGACUCGAACCUGGAGCUCGGGUGCGGUAGGACGGCUGAGAAGGAUGAUGACAAUGGGGUCGUCGAGAUCCAGCCCUUUACCGCCGUCAAGCGGUCCCUCUCGCAAGAUGACUUAAACACCAUGCCUACUGUUGGUUUUGAUGGUCCUUCAGAAAGGCUAGCAAAAAGGAAGAGAAAGAACCAAUUCAGGGGUAUCCAUCCAGCAGGAUCUGCUGACUUUGCAUCAAACCAACCACUUGUGCCUGCAAUGAACUCUGCUCUCCCAGUUGAAGCUCCUGUUCUGGAUAUGUACUCUGACCAAGGAAGCAACUCUUUUGGCUGCUCUGACUUGGGCUGGGAGUAUGAUACCAAGACUCCACAUAUAUCAUCCAUUGCUUCCAAUUCUACGAUUGCUGAAGGAGCAAAAUCUGCGCUUGCCAAGAAUAACACCUAUAUCUCACUGGUGCCUCCUGUUAUGGAGAAUAAUGCUGUCAAUUUUGAACCUUGGAUGAGAUAUCUUAUGGAUGAUGGCAUGGAUGAGCUGAUUGAUAGCCUACUGAAUUUUGAUGUUCCUCAGGAUGUUGUUGGCAACAUGGACCUCUUGAGCUUCGAUGGCAUGCCCAUCCGUGGUGAAUUUUUCUGAGGGAUUCAAACCCUGUAUACAGGGACAAAGGGAAUAAGAUAAUGGGAGAUUGGGAAGCGCCCUAUUGUCACCUUUAGUUAGCAUAUGCUUAUGUCCAAGCUUAGAUGCAAAAAAAAGUUGCAUCGUGUCUCUUUGUAAUCGACCCUUUCCCUAGUUGACUGUCUCUGUGGCAGGCAUUUAUGAUGAACCGUUGUCUUUAUCUUUUACAACUUUUAUGCUGUGGUUACCAUUUGUGAAUGCGAACAACAUGGAUCAGUGUCCAGUUUGCUUUAGUA